AUGGAUUCCGUUUCGGACCCACCCUUUCAGGAAGCAUACAAGAUCCUAUUUGACAAGACCCGAGACAACAUUCGAGAGAAUAAUGGUGUUGAUUACGAUGAACUCGUGGUGGCCGAGGAAUGCGAGCUUCCGGUGAUCGAUCUGAGCCGUUUGGAAGAGAGUGACGAGGUUGUGAGAGAAGAGUGCAAGUCACACAUAGCUAGGGCUUCACAGGAGUGGGGUUUCUUCCAGGUUGUGAACCAUGGUAUUUCCAGUGAGAUUUUCAGCAGGUUGCGGUGUGAGCAAGAGAAGGUUUUCAAGCAACCCUUUGAAAAGAAGACCAAAGAGGACAAGUUCUUGAACUUCUCCGCCGGAAGCUACCGUUGGGGAGCACCCAGUGCCACCUGCAUUGGACAGUUAUCUUGGUCAGAAGCGUUUCAUAUUCCUUUAACCGAUAUACUAGGAUCCACUCGAUCAAACUCUCUUAGUUCGACAAUUGAACAGUAUGCUACAACAGUUUCGAGCCUUGCACAAACAUUAGCCGACAUCCUGGCCGAGAAAAUGGGUCACAAGUCAACCUUCUUUAAGGAGAAUUGUUUGCCUGACACAUGCUAUCUUCGACUGAAUCGAUAUCCUCCAUGCCCUAUUGCUUUUGGGAUUCACGGUCUGAUGCCACACACUGAUAGUGACUUUCUCACCAUACUAUAUCAGGAUCAGGUUGGAGGUUUGCAACUGGUCAAAGACGGAAAAUGGAUCGCAGUUAAACCAAAUCCCGAUGCCCUUAUAAUCAACAUUGGUGACUUGUUCCAGGCAUGGAGCAACGGGGUGUACAAGAGCGUUGAGCAUCGCGUUAUGAACAACCCGAAACUAGAGAGGUUCUCUAUGGCGUAUUUCUUGUGCCCUUCAGAUGACACUGUGAUAGAGAGUUGCAGAGAGCCCUCUGUUUACAGAAAAUUCAGCUUUCGGGAGUAUAGAAAACAAGUUCGGGAUGAUGUUCAGAAGUUGGGUUCCAAAAUAGGCCUGCCCAGGUUUCUCACACAUGACGGAACUUGGAACAUAUAA